CUCCGGAGCGUUUAGUCAACCUGGUGGCGCCGAAGAACCAACUGUCGGCGGCGGAGCAGCAACCUGCCGGAGUCGGAGUCGUAGUAAAGUCGCAGGAGGAUAGUAAGAGAAAGAAGCACGAGUCGAGAAGCGAGGUGCGACGUACCUGCGUGAAGUAUCCGAAGUGAAAUACAGUGGCGAUCGAAUUUGAAUCGGAGUUACUCGCGUGUUCUUCUACGUGGUACCGCGCCCGGUGUGUGCGGGCGCGCGCGCGUUCUGUGAGUCUCGCCAAGAGAGCUAGGAGAGAGAAGCCUACGGCGAAACAGGUGGAAACACAAUGGUAGCCAAGGAUCCGAGGAUGGUCGCCACGGAGUUGAUGAACCCGUACGAGAAACCACCGAGCAUGUCGGUCAGCCAGUCUAUGAAGACCUUUCUGUACAAUCGUGAGACCGGCGCGUUCAUGGGCAGGACCGCAAGUAGCUGGGGCAAGAUCGGACUGUUUUAUCUGAUAUUUUACGGAGUCCUGGCGGCACUCGUCGCCAUUUGUUUCUGGGGAUUCUUUCAAACGCUCGAUCCGAGAAUACCAAGGUGGCAGCUGGAACGAUCCAUUAUCGGAACAAAUCCAGGAUUAGGAUUCAGGCCGAUGCCACCGACGGAGAACGUGGAAAGCACCCUAAUUUGGUACAGAGGCACCGACAGCGAGAACUUCAAGCACUGGGUUGAUUCACUACAAAUUUUUUUAAAAGAUUACAUUACGCCCGGAUCUGUUCUUGGACUUGGUGCUAAUAUUAACAAAUGCGAUUACAAUCAGCCACCGCCCCCCGGGAAGGUUUGCGACGUUGAUGUGAAAAAUUGGCAUCCCUGCACCAAGGAGAACAGAUACAACUAUCACAAAUCUGCUCCCUGCAUUUUUCUCAAGCUGAAUAAGAUUUAUGGUUGGAGGCCAGAUUUUUACAAUGACACCGAGAACCUGCCGGGCAAAAUGCCGCACGAUCUCAAAGAACACAUUGCGACUUUGAAAGGCAACAAUUCGUUGCAGCUGAAUACGAUUUGGGUGUCCUGUGAAGGCGAGAAUCCUGCUGACCAGGAGAACAUUGGGCCGAUUAACUACUUGCCGCGGCGUGGUUUCCCCGGCUACUUUUAUCCUUAUGAAAAUUCAGAGGGUUACCUUAGCCCACUUGUUGCGGUGCACUUUGUCAGACCACGAACUGGAAUCCUGAUAAAUGUGGAGUGCAAAGCAUGGGCGAAGAAUAUCAAGCAUAGUCGUAACGACAAAAUCGGUGCGGUUCAUUUCGAGCUGAUGAUAGAUUAACGAAACCUACAAGCAGCCCUACACUUCCCGCGCAGCCUUCUGAACCAAAUUCGACUAGCGUCCUCCAGGCUGUCGGGACAGCAGCUGGGCGAGUCUACCUUCCAAAUAUUAAAGUCGUGAGACGAACGUGUCUCUCUCCGACUCUGAAUGACAUUAAUCGAGUACAAAAAAGAAAGAGAGUUCUUACAACAGGCGUUCCUGAAAAUUCCAAGUGAACUGUAUAUGCACUGCUUGAAAACACGAAUUUCUGAGAGUUCGCGUAUAUGUACGAGAGCGAGAAUAUUGAUGAGGAUGAUUAUCGAGAUGAUUAUCACUAUCAUAUUUCCAUUGAAUGAAUCAUUUUCGGAGAUAUCGCGAUUUUUAAUGUCGCAUUUUAAACU